GCAAAAGCAGGGGGAGGGAAAAAAGGCAAAGAAGGACGGAACGGGUUUUUUUUUUUUAAACUGCAAGAAUAGUAAACUCACCAAAUAGCUCUGUCCUGCAACCUCCGACAAAAGCCGUGCCACUAUGAGCACCACGGGGCUUCAGGCCACUAACCAGCAGAACGUGAAGGAGAUCGACAGCGUCAAGGAGUCCAUCAGCGACAUCAUCAACCAGCUGCAGGACAUCGACCCGGCCAGGCUCUCCUUCUCCCCCUUCCUCGACUUGGACACCCAGAUUUCUUUGGCCCCGGUGUCAGACAGCCCUGAGUCUUCGGUGGAGGAGCUGCACUCCUCCUCCCACUCUGUCACGGGCUCACAGCGCUCCCUGGAACCGCUACCAGCCACGGAGCAGCCAAGGAGCUCUGAUUCCUGCCACCAGCAGACCGGCGACGCCCCAGCGGAGCACCGAGCAGAUGAGGCAGAGGAGGGGACGCUCGAUCAGACCUCCUCCAGUCCGGUUGCGGCGCGCGCCUCCGAGGGCGCCAUGGGAAACUGCAUCGGCAGCUCGAGCCCCGCCUCUCAGGGAGACAUCCCCAAUGGCACGGACACACCAAGGUGGAGUCCAGAAUCCACAAAUCUGGACUCCACCAUCGACGAGGGGCGUCCGCUGAUCGGCGCGCCGCCGCCGGAGAGCGUGGAGCUCACCGUGUGGAGGUCAGAGGGGCAGGAAGAGACUUGUGAGCCCCCCCAUGAAGCCUCAUUCCGGGGGCGAUGCUGCUGCUGCCGGUGUAAAUGCUGCCAGAGCGGGCGAGUCCCCGCUUUCUGCUCAGUCCUGGCCUCCCUCCUGUGCACGGUGGGGAUUCUCUAUGCGCUCUAUUUCUACGUGCCCAUCAAGCCCCCAGACUGCCCCGACGUGGCCAGCCGCAUCGUUUUCACCCUCUGCUGCUGCGUGGUUGCAGCCGUCCCUGUCUUGUUGGCGAUGCUGACGGGUGCAGCGUGCCAGUUCUGCACUGGCUCCCUCGAUCCGGUGGAGCCGCUUCCCAGAAGACGGGCGGUUCAGCAGCUGUUUGUCACGGCGUCCUUGGAACAGUUGCUCCUCUACAUUCUCAACCUUGUAGUUAUGGCGGCGUUACUGCCUCAAGACCAGCUGAAGUUGGUGCCUAUGCUGGUUGCCGUGUUCAUUCUGGGAAGAUUUGUCUACUGGAUCAGCCUCAACACGUGCAGCUCCUGGCGAGGCUUUGGAUCAGGCCUGACCUUCUUCCCGCUUCUCGCCAUGGUUGCCCUCAAUCUGUUCAUCAUGUACAACGUGGGCCUCAAAGAGCCGCUUUUUGGCACGCAGGACGCGCUCUAUAAUCAGGCCACGCCCCCGACCUGGUCCGCGGAGAUGUCACAGAGCACCAGUGGCAAAUCAGACGUCUUGUCCACAGACAGCCUGGACGCUCAGUGAGGAGGAGAGCUGCCCUUUAUUCUUUCAAAGGAGGAGAUCUUUCCAGAAAUAGGCCAUUCCUGUGGUCUGCUGUUCAGCACAGCUACACAGGCUGCCACUAACCUCCAAGUCUGUGACAGCUUAACUUGUAUUUUUGCUCCUCGUAUACAGGAAGUUUUUUUUUUGUGUGGAUUCAUGCUUAUUAUCUGAAACGCAAGAGCCUUUUCCCCCUGCUAGUGGCGGAGGGAGCCUUUGAACAACGUUCUAGUCUUAAACAUUUGUCUCUUAAGCUAUUCCAGUGCCUAUAUUUAAUGUUUUGAACUCUAAAAGCUCUGCAUAUAUAUAUAUGGAUGAAUUUGGUUUGAUGUGAAAAACCACUAGCAAAGCAGCUUCUCUUCUAAUGAAGACAUUUUAACUGUCCAAAACGUUUGUAAAUGAUGAAGGAAGAAUAAAAGCCAUUUGUAA